UUUUUUCUUCCUUGGUAGUCCAACGUACAAUGCGCUCUCCAUCGACAAUUUCUGUUUCACCGGGAACACGACCGCAUCCACCUGCAUCAGAGAAUGAACUCCCCACCUCUAACAGCCUGGCACAGUGGUGUCUGCGAUUGCUUCGAAAACGCAAGCACAUGCUGCUAUGGUUUCUGGUGCUGCCCCUGCCUGGCCUGCACAGUUUCAGGGCGACAUGGAGAGAACCGAUGCCUGCCACUGUGUGACAUCAUCAGCCCUGGUGUGUGCGCAGCUUUUGGGAUACCAGCCUGUGUGCCUCCUGCAGUACUGUCCAUGAGGACAUCCAUUCGGAAAACAUACAAAAUCAAGGGGUCGAUCUGUAAGGACAUUCUUGUUUCCUGUUUCUGCUUGUGGUGCAGUUGGUGUCAGAUGCACCGUGAGCUGAAACACCAAAACAAAACGACGGCUGUCGUCAACGUCGUCAAUCAAACGAUCAUCCAGCAGCCUGCUCCUAUGAUGAUGAUGAUGCAAACACAACCCCCUGUUUAUGUUGCUCACCAUUAAAAAACUGCAAAUGUGAACUUUUAUGAAUAUUUGCUAAUAUUUACAUUGAUUUAACAUUACCCAGGUUAUAUUUCUACACAUCAGUCUGAUCACUAAGGCUGUUGUGGCUGCUCUUUGAAACAGUGAAUAAAGAGUACAGGCCAAAAGUUUGAAAACACCUUCUCAUUUCAAUGCGUUUUCUUUAUUUUCAUGACUAUUUACAUUGUAGAUUGUCACUGAAGGCAUCAAGUGUUUAGAGUGUCCACCCUGAGAUCGGUAGGUAAUGAAUUCAAACACCGGCCGAGUCAUACCAAAGACUAUAAAAAUGGAACCCAUUACCUCCCUGCUUGGCACUCGGCAUCAAGGGUUGGAAUUGGGGGUUAAAUCACCAAAAAUGACUACCGGGCGCAGCCACUGCUGCUGCCCACUGCUCCCCUCACCUCCCAGAGGGUGAACAAGGGUGAUGGGUCAAACGCAGAGAAUAAUUUCGCCACACCAAGUGUGUGUGUGAUAAUCAUUGGCACUUUAACUUUUAAAACUUUGACACCUGUGAAGUGACAAUUUCAGGUGACUACCUCUUGAAGCUCAUCGAGAGAAUGCCAAAAGUGUGCAAAGCAAAUGGUGGCUAUUUUGAAGAAACUAGAAUAUAAAACAUGUUUUCAGUUAUUUCACCUUUUUUUUUCAAGUACAUAACUCCACAUGUUUAUUCAUAGUUUUGAUGCCUUCAGUGACAAUCUACAAUGUAAAUAGUCAUCAAAAUAAAGAAAACGCAUUGAAUGAGAAGGUGUCCAAAACUUUGGCCUGUACUGUAUAUGAAUUUUCAUGUAUAGUCAAUCACCUUGAUUAUAAUUUCCGGUGCAUUAUACAUUUCUUACAAACCUUGCUUUGAAAUGAGGCUGACAAGGAGAGAUUAAAGUUUUUUUUAACAAUAUAAAAUGUUUGGGAUAAUGUAAAUAAAAAGUGUGUUGCAUGAUCAAAUAUUAAAGUCUAAAAGACAAUUGAAAACA